AUGGCGAUACUUUCUUCCAUCGCUCAUUCUGAGGCUGAGGUUAUUGCAACGGUGGUGGAUGACGUCAGACACGAUUUUACGAGACCUACGGCAGUCGUAGUAGAGAGCGAUGAUAAGGCCGAGGAGCUGACUAAAACUGAGCCUAAAAAGGAAGAAGAAGAGGAUGAAGAAGAAGAAGAAGAAGAAGAAGAAGAAGAAGAAGAUAAUGAUGGAGGCGGUGCGGAGCUACCGGAGACGAAGGGGCUGGAUUUGGACUUGGCACUACCACACGAAAUACCCGCAGAUAAAGAAGCUCAGCUUGCAAAAGUCUUAAAAGCAGAGGUAAAGUUAGGUACUCUGAAAACUUUUCUAACUGUGAAGAUUAAGUCGACAAAGCAAUCUUCUAAAACCGAGAAAGAGCCGGCGAAAAACUCUGACAAGCAGAAAAAGCCCUCUCCCGUUGACCCUGAGGCUGAGUUGCUCAAGGAUUUGCAAGCGGUAUUUCCGAUAAAUUCUACCGAGGCCGCAUCUGGCUCCGAGACGUUGUCGGAUUUUGACACGGAGCUGAAUACCUAUGCGGAAACUUUCCUCAAAACUCUGCCUUCAUUUGAUGGUUUUACUUGGGUGGCGGUGAACUAUACUUCUAAAUACAUAACAGUUGCAUGUGCUGGCGUACGAGCAGGAUCUGAACCUCCCGCUGGUGGUGUUCUGCUUUGUGUAUCACAUGUCGACAAAACGGCUCCAAGAGAUUGCAAGAAGAUAGAGAAAAACAAAUAA